AUGAGCCUGGACUCUACAGACGACGAUUACGAUGAUUACCACAUUCACAACAAUGACGAUUACGAUGAUCACCCCAUCCACAACAAUGACAAUGAUGACGACAACGAGAUACAAAAGGAAGCCUGCAAGAUCCCAUUCUUUUCAACUUGUGUAUUUUUGGAUGUUGGUGUGACGGAUGAGAUUGACGACUGGUGGCAAGUACGAGUACGAAUGGUGACGGAGGACGACUACGACGAUGGUGGUGGCAAUGUACAGUAG